AUGAGACGCAAGAUGGAGACCGCCUUGGAAGGGCUGGCGGCAGCUCUUGCCGCCACCACCCUCGCCCCGUGUAAGACAUACCCACCUCCUCCGCCUGGCCAUCACGGUCCUCCCGCCGGACACCCACCUCACCUCCAUGGCCCUCCGCCGCCGCCUCCACCCCCGCAUCCUGCUCACCCCGACGCUCCUCACCUCGAUGGCACUCACCCCGAUGGCGCUCACCCCGACCCUCAAAGACCAGCGCCCUCCCAGGAGGAGGAAUCAAUCGCAUCCCUCAGCAACUCCGCUGGCCCCAGUGUUUCUCUCGUUCAGGAGGACCCAUUGUGCGCUCACCACCCUGACACGAGCAACAUCGCCGUCGUCAUGAAGACCGGCGCAACGGAAUCCUUCGCCCGGCUCCCAACCCAGUUCAUGACUGUGCUCCGCUGCAUCGACGACUUCCUCGUCUUCUCCGACAUGAACCAGACCAUCGCCGGCGUCGAGGUCCUCGACGCCCUAGAUGAGGUUCUUGAGUCCGCCAAGAAAGACAACCGCGACUUCGACCUCUACCGGACCCAGCUCGCCUGCGACGUCGACCAGAAGCCGUGCACGAGCGCCCUCAACGCCGCCGAAGCGGGAUGGAAUCUUGAUAAGUACAAGAACAUCCACAUGGCCGCGAAGACGUGGAAGCGCCUGCCCGACAAGGAUUGGUAUCUUUUCAUCGACGCCGACACCUACGUUACGUGGAAUACUCUUGUCAUGUGGCUCAAGACGCUCGACCCCAAAAAGAAGAUCUAUCUAGGAAGCGUGGCUCUCAUUCGUGAUUAUCCCUUUGCGCACGGUGGGAGCGGGUAUAUUCUUUCUCGUGCGGCGAUGGAGGCUUUCGUUGGUGAGCAUCCGCGCGUCGCGAAUGAGUACGAUGAGGAUGUUCACAAUCACUGCUGUGGCGACUUUCUUCUUGCCAAGGCUCUCAACGAGACGGCUGGCGUACCAGUCACUCAAGUGUGGCCCACCAUCAACGGCGAAAAGCCCUUUACCCUCCCUUAUAGCAACUCGCACUGGUGCCAACCCAUCGCCACAAUGCACCACAUGAGCCCCGAGGAAAUCUCCUCCUUCUGGGAAUAUGAAACCGCCCGCUACGCCGCCGCCCUCAACUCGACACCCCGGUCGUCGUCCAAAUCGUCCGCCAAGCCCGAACUCGAGCCGAUUCUCGCUAGAGACAUCUACCACGAGUUCUUCGCCCGCCGCCUCGUGGCCCGCCGAGACGACUGGGACAACGCUAGUGGCGAGCGUCUCUACCUUAACAGCUCCGCCAAGGAGUACUCGGAGUCGCAGCUCAAGAAGGCCUACAACGACGCCAAGAAGACCGAGGUCGAGAAGAAGGCGCAUAUGUCGUUUGAGAACUGUAGGGCUGCUUGUCGUGAGACGAAGAGGUGUUUCCAGUUUUCUUUCAAGGAUGGAGUCUGCGGGUUCUCGUUCUCCAUUCGCCUCGGUAAGCCCGUGCCGCCUAAGGAGAACACGAAGGCCCACGAUAGGAUGGCUUCGGGGUGGGAUGUUGAGAAGAUUGAAGAAUGGGUCGAGAAGAAUAAGGUGUGCAAAAAGGUGUUUUGGCCAAAUAUUUAA